UAUCACUCCAAAUCAAAGCAGUACUUGUGGUUAACCAAAAAAAAAAAAAAAAAAAACAUGCAAGUCAUCACCAUCUCAAGAGAAUACGUCAAACCAUCAAACCCAUUUCUGCACCAUCUGAAACCCUACAAGUUAUGCCUCUUUGACCAGCUCACUCCUCUCACUUACCCACCCGGAAUCAUCUUCUAUCCGAAUGCUAAAUUAGGUCAUUAUAUUGAUCAAAAUCACAACUUCAACAAUAAUAAUUAUAAUGGUAAUGAUAAUGAUAAUAUUCUGCAAGAAACCCUCGCCCAGCUGAAGAAGUCGCUCUCGGAGGCUCUCAACCUCCACUACCCGUUCGCCGGCAGGAUCAAAAACAACCUCUACGUCGAUGACUUCGACGCCGGGCUUCUCUACGUGGAAGCCAGAGUCAAUUGUCGUAUGUCCGAGUAUUUCAAACUCAGGGAUACCGAGUCCUUAGACCACUUCCUCCCCUUCCCUCCCUUUCGCAAGGAAGCUGCAGAAACCUCAUCGCUUCCUCAGGUCGCUUUUCAGGUGAACAUCUUUGCCUGCGGAGGAAUAGCUCUAGGUAUUUCCUUAAGCCACAAGUUUUGCGAUGGAGCGACGGUGAUGUAUUUGCUCAAAACGUGGGCAGCUGAGUUCACAAACUCUCCUGAAAAGGUCGUACUUCCAAAUCUCGCCGGAGCUUCAUCGGCUUUUCCGCCGAGAGACUUGCCCCAGAGCCAUCUGGAUUUGAUGGACGAAAUGUGGUUCAAGGAAACUAAUUAUGUCACCAAGAGAUUCGUGUUCGAUGCCAAAGCCAUAGCCACUUUGAGAGCCAAAGCCAAAAGUGAUCGGGUCCCAAAGCCGUCGCGCAACGAGGCACUCACCGGUUUUAUAUGGAAGCAUGCGACGGCGGCCUCUUGGGCGGUCUCAGGUUCACCUAAGCUCUCAGUGGCGGCCCACGCGGUUAACAUGAGGCCGAGAGUAAAGAAGCCCUACUCGCUGGAAAACUCGACGGGGAAUCUCUUCUGGUGGGCCUUUGCGGCCGCGAAUCCUGCGAACGAAACGGAGAGAGAGCUCCACCAGCUGGUUGGACUGCUAAAGGAAGUUCUUGAAGGUUUCGACAACGAUUUUCUGGAAAGCAUGCAUGGCCAAGAGGGGUUCGCGAUGAUAUCGGAGCUUUUGAGCCAAAUAGAAGCGAUGUUCUCGAUGGAGUCAGAAAAACCGGACAUCUUCGCCUUCACCGGGUGGAAUGGCCUCUUCAACGACAUCGAUUUCGGGUGGGGGAAGCCGUUUUGGGUGGGAGUGAUGGGAAAAGUUGGGCCUGUCUUUAGAAACCUCGUCGUUUUCAUUGAUGCGCAGUGGGGUAAGGGGAUUGAAGCAUGGAUUACGUUGGAAGAAAAGCAAAUGAAGGUUUUGGAGAGUGAUAAGGAGUUUUUGGCGUUUGCUGCUCUGAAUCCUGGGAUUUCAAGCCUGUGACUUUGGCAUUUAAUUUGCUAAUUGAUCCGUGAUAUCUAUCUUUUUAGUGAUCAUCCCAUGUUUUCUGGAAAUAAAAUUAAGGAGAAGGGAUCAUUCUUUUCUUCCUAAUUAUGUAGUUGCUUGUUUGAAUGACAGCAAAUUAGCGAUUUCGUUGGUUACAAUUGUUGUUGUUGUUGUUUCAAAAUAUCUAUACUUGGACAAUUAUUGCACUUUGUUUGUUUUCUGGAAGGUAUCAAUAUAUUGUGCCUUCCACCUUAG